CCCCGCACCGGGGGGCGGUCCCGGUCCGUCCCCCCCCCUCUGCCGCCGCCUUCCCACGCCCGCAGCCGCCGCCGCCGCCGCCGGGCCCGCACGCGCCGGCCGGUAGCCACCCGCGGCCCCCCCGGCGGGGCGGGGGGGCCAUGGAGCACCGGCGCCGGUAGCCACGGCCGGGCACGAGGAGCCGAGGAGUGACAGGAGCCAGGCCCCCCAUCCACCCAUGGCCCCCCCUCCCCCUCCCCUCCCCGUCCCUCCCGUCCCCCGGCCAGCGCGGGGGGGACCGCCACCCCGGCUGCUCGCCACCGUGGCCACCAUCACCCUGCUGAGCGCCGUGGGCGCCUGCCCGGCCGUGUGCCGCUGCUCCGGCGGCCGCGUCUACUGCAACGACCGCGGGCUGACGGCCGUGCCCGAGGGGCUCCCUCCCGGUGCCACCACGCUGUUCCUGCAGAACAACCGCAUCGGCGACGCGGGCAUCCCGGCUCGCCUGGGCCGGCUGCCGGCGCUGCGGGUGCUGUACCUGUACGCCAACGCGCUGGAGCAGCUGCCGGCUCACCUGCCGCCGGCGCUGCGGGAGCUGCACCUGCAGGAGAACAACGUGCGCGGGCUCUGCCGCCGGGCGCUGGCCCGGGCGCCGCUGCUCGAGCGGCUGCACCUGGACGACAACUCGGUGUCGGCCGCCGGCAUCGAGGAGGACGCGUUCGCCGAGAACCGCCGGCUGCGCCUGCUGUUCCUGUCGCGGAACCACCUGAGCAGCGUCCCCGCGGGGCUGCCGCCGGCGCUGGAGGAGCUGCGGCUGGACGACAACCGCAUCCACACCAUCCCGCUGCGCGCCUUCGAGGGGCUGCCGGCGCUGCGGCGCCUGGUGCUGGACGGGAACCUGCUGGCGAACCAGCGCAUGGCCGACGACACCUUCAGCCGCCUGGGCAACCUCAGCGAGCUCUCGCUGGGCCGCAACGCGCUGGCGGCGCCGCCCGCCAACCUGCCCCGGGCUCGGCUCCGCCGCCUCUCGCUGGCCGCCAACGCCAUCAGCCACGUGCCCGCCGGAGCCCUGGCCAGGAUGAGGGCGCUGGAGCGGCUGGAUCUGUCGGACAACAACCUGACCACGCUGCCCAGGGGGCUCUUCGACGACCUGGGCAGCCUGAGCCACCUGGGGCUGCGCAACAACCCCUGGUUCUGCGGCUGCAACCUGGCCUGGCUGCGGGACUGGCUGCGGCGCCGCGCCCCGCCGCGCCUCGAGGUGCGGGGGCUGCUGUGCCAGGCGCCGGCCAGGCUGCGGGGGCUGCCGGUGGGCGAGCUCCGGGGGGAGAUGGACGCCUGCGAGAGCCCGGCCGCGGGGGGAGCGGGAGCUGCGGGCGGGGGGACGUCCCCCGGUGCGGCCCCCGCCGUGUCCCCCGCGGUGGCGGCGUCGCCGGGAGGAGGAGGAGGAGCGGCCGCGCCGGGGCUGUGGGUGCAGGCGGCUCCCGGGGGGGCUCUGCGGGUGCGGUGGCCCCCGGCCCCUCCCGGGGCGUCGCUGAGGCUGAGCUGGCUGCGCCCGGGGGGGGGGGCCGUGACCGAGACCUUGGUGCGGGGGGAGCGCGGCGAGUACGUGGUGCGGGCGCUGCAGCCCCGGGCGCCCUACCGGGUGUGCCUCGCCGCCCUGGAGCCCCCCGCCGCUCCCCCGCUCUGCGCCCAAGCCCGGGCGGGUGCCGGGGACCCCCCCCAGGCCGGUUCUCCCGGUGGCCCCCCCGGGGAUGCGCCCCCCGCGCUGCCCCCGGCCGCGGCUCUGGGGGCGGCGGCGGCGGCGGCGGCCGGGGUGGUGCUGGGGGUGCUGGGGGGCUGCUGGAGGAAGAGGAGGAGGAGGAGGAGGAUGGGGCUGGGGGCGCCGCCGCUGCCGCCCCCCAAAGGCGGCGGGGGGGGGCGGCUGGCGCUGCGGCCGCUGCGACCCCCGGAGGAGGGGGGGAUCCGCACCGUGUUCCCCCCGCCGCCGCCGCCGCCGCCCCCCCCCGGCGUGCGGGGCUACCGGGGGGGGCAGGUGCCGCAUGGGGGGGGAGGGGGGUCCUGAUGGGGGGGGGAGGGGGCGGCCUCUUUCUUGGGACACACCCCCCCCCCCGCCCGUUUUGGGGGAACCCCUCCUGGGGCUCUGAGGACAUUUCGGGGGGAGCCUUUGAGGGGAGUUUUGGCUUUUUUAAGGUUUAUUUUUU